CGUUUGAUAAUGACAGUCCAGCAAGCUGUCUGCUGUGUGUCUAAUUUAUUACACGCUGUCUUUGAUCAUUAUAUCUAUCUGUAGCUUUUUUUAUCAGCCAUUUUACAAUAGCCAAAUGAACCGUCCGUUACCGUUAGAGAACAACAGUUGAUACUCAGAAAUGGCAGACGAUGAAAUUGAUUACAAUAUCGUGUUUCCAGAUGCGGCGACAUCGGAGAGAUACUGGCAGGGGACAAAGGAGCCAGUUGUGAUUCUGUUGGGCUGGGCUGGCUGCAAAGACAAACACCUCUGCAAAUACAGCUCCAUCUACAAUGAACAGGGAUGUGUCACCAUCCGCUACACGGCCCCCCUGAAGACGGUAUUCAUCUCAGAGUCGUUUGGCUAUAAGGAGCUGAGCAGCACGGCCCUCAAGUUGCUGGAGAUCCUCUAUGAUUAUGAGGUGGAAAACAGUCCUAUUUUCUUUCACAUAUUCAGUAACGGUGGCUUCAUGCUCUAUCGUUACAUCAUAGAUUUGUUGCACAAUGACAAACAGUUCAGUUCAUUGCGUGUGAUUGGGGCCUUAGUGGACAGUGCCCCAGGUAGUGGGAAUGUUCGCGGGGCCCUGCGUGCACUGGCGGCCACCCUGGGGCCCAAAAUAACACCCGUAUUAAGGUACGUCCUCUUAGCCCUUUUCGCAGUGACUGUUUUUCUUUUGCGAGUCGUUCUGUACCCGUUGACCAAGUACAUCCACAAGAACCACUACGACGCGGUGCAGGAGAAGCCGCCUGCCUGGCCUCAUUUCUACCUGUACUCCAGAGCUGACCAGGUGAUCCGGCACAAGGACAUCGAGGUGUUCGUGGAGACCCUAAAGCGGAAAGGGGUCCCCGUGGACAGUUUUGAUUUUGUUUCCAGUCCCCAUGUCGGUCAUUUGCGGGAAUUUCCUGAGCAAUAUGCACUUAAGUGCCGUGAUUUCCUGGUUGCUUGCAUGAAGGAAUUGGUGGGGACUGACAAACAGAAGAGACAGAGGAUUCCAGAUCAAUAAAACUUAGGAGAUAAGAUUUCGCUUACCCUCUGUUAAUCACAAAACUUGGUUUUUCGUAGUGGUCUGAAAAAUCAGUUAAAAUGAGGCGGGAGGUUUUUUGCAAAACGGCUUGAAUUUGAACAGAACAUCUCGCAGGUUUUUCCGUCUUCGGGCACAUAAUAGGAAAAGUCCACUGAUUUGGUCUAGGUUUACUGAUCCAUGUCUAGAAACAACGUCAGCCGUAUAUAACACUAUAAUUAUAAUAAUAAUAAUAACUGUGGAACAAAGACCUAAUUCUGCCUACUCAAAUUCUUGCAACAUUCAUAACACUUGUGAAUAACAAUACAAGCAAUUGCUUUACACUGGUAUUUAAUAUUGCUGUGAAAUGUGAUGCAUUGUAUAUUAGAAGUAGUGAGUCUAAAACUCAGGCUCGGUAUUGGAUAUUAAUAGUUAGUAUCUUCUAUUUAUAACAUUUGCAAUGUGUUUAUGGUUGUAAUCUAACAAGUGUCAUUGAAAUAAGAUCACAAGGGUGCUAUGAUGAAGGCAACAGUAAGAAAUUAAUGUUUUUUUAUAAAAUAAAAUAAAGUCUAAUUUGUUGCCUUAAUCAGCAAAUGCCUUUUGUCCAGAAAUUGUAGAAUACUCAGCUCUAAUAUGUGAUUGACAAUGAAUGUAUAUGUUCAGCACAGCUACUGUGUUCUUAAUUAACGGAUGUGCCUUCAAUAAACUAGAAUGCUCAUA